AUGGCAAGCACCACCGCCGAUCGCCUCACGCUCCUCCAAGACCACAUCCGGCAGACACUACACUCCCGCGCCGGCGCUGCCCGCACCCCCGAGUCCGACGCCGACAUCGCCCGCAGCCUCAGCACGCUCCACGCGGGCAUCGAGCAGCUCGAGAAGGAGCAGCAGCAGCUCGAGGAACAUGGGGACUCAACCUCCCAAGUGCUCCGCGAGCGCGAAGACAUCCUAAUCAAGCUCCGCACGCAACACCACGACCUUCACUCCCUCUUCACACACCCGCCCUCCCCCUCCCCGCCGUCCCCCGCCCCCGCCCCCGCCCCCGCCCCCACCACCUCCAUCGCGCCCCUCCGGCGCUCCCCCAGCGCCGACACGGCCGCGCGCGAAGCGCUCAUGGGCGCGCGCGAGACGCCCUCCUCGCUGCGCAAGACGGUGCGCUUCAGCGACCUCGACGACAACACGCAGGUGCUGCAGCUGCACCAGCGGGUGCUCGAGGAGCAGGACGAGGACCUCGACCGGCUGUCGGCGAGCAUCAGGAACCAGCGCGAGCUGAGUAUCCAGAUUGGCGAUGAGCUGGAGGGCCAUGUGCAGCUGCUGGACGGGGUGGAUGAGCUGGUGGAGCGCCACACGGAGCGACUGGGCGGCGCGAGGAGGCGGCUGGGCGGCGUGGUGGAGAGGGGGGUGAAGGAGAAUGGGAGCUUGGUGGUGAUUGUGGUGUUGAUUGUGGUGUUGGUGGUGUUGAUUGCUGUGUUGAAGUGGUAG